ACAUGCACGACUGUUUAUCCACAUCACUCUAUUCUUGAUGCAAUCUGCCCAGUAAUCGAACUUCGUUUCUUACUAUUAAUCGCACAGGAGUGUUGCAUUUGAUGUUUUAUCGAGUUCUACAAUUGAAAUUCUGAAUGUUAUGUUUCAAGAAAAACUGCAUCCGUACACUGUAGUUUUAUUGAAUUUUGAUUUUAGGGCCCGAUGACUUCCAUUCAAGAACAGUAUCGCUUAUGUGUUCACGGACUUUGGCGGUUGUUGGAUAUUGUAAGCGAUCGGUUUAUUUUCUCGAAACCUGAUUGUAUCGUCAUAUCAUUGUUCUAGAGUUUAAAACCUCAGGCACGUGAUUUUCUGUGGUCCUGGGGUGUGGCCGAGACGUUGUAGUUAAAGUAUAGAAAUAUUUUGUUUGUUUUUCAAUUGCCGACGAUCAGAACUUGUACGAUUACGGUGACAGUCAUUGUGGUUAUAAAUAUUAAUUGUGUUGUAAAGAUAAAUUUCUUUGGUAUUUCUCAGUUUCUCGCCACUAAAGAAUCGUCUCCUGUCAGGAUUUUCCGGUCUCUGAUGAAUUUCAAUUUACGAAUAUGCAAUUGAUAUUUUGUUAAUUAUGUUGCAAGAACAUUAUAUUGAGGCAUGCGACUGUACAUUACACAGUGAGGGUUGUCUUGUGCUGCUUUAUAAUAGAGUAGAGAAAGAAAGUUCUCCAUCAGUGUUUUUGUGUUGAAGGGCUUUGUCGGAAGAAGAGUACAGGCAUCAACUAAUGGAUGGAAAUAGGCGUAAGGAAGAAAACAGGGAACUCAUGGCGGAACGUAUUAGACUUCACAUCGCGAAUUCUGAACCAUCUUAUGGGGGAACUUCCACAGACCCUAAAGCUGAUGAUGCAAUGGAAAAUGAAGAGGGUGAGCAAGCACCCGCUGCUGGUGACGACCUGGAUAACUCUGAGACUUGUGUUAGUUUUCCAGAUAAUAGUGCACAGUCAGAGCAGUCAUCGCAAGAACCCACUGCAGGUGAUGACCUGGAUAACUAUGAGAAUAGUUUGAGCUGUGCAGAUAAUAGUGGACAGUCAGAGAAGUCAUCUGACUCUGAAGAUAUCCCAGAUAACAUUGAGGAAAAUGACACCUUCUACUUGGAAUUGCAAGAAGUAAAUAAUAUCUCCAAGGCAGCUUACAAGGAACUCAUGACAUUGGCUGUUGAAGCAAAAACUUGGGUUGUAGCUACCCCUGCAUUGGGUUCACUUGAAGAAUUCCUUCAAAUGUUUCGAAGUCCACCCCCGCCAGGAAAGAGAGUUGAACAUUCCAUUCAGAGUGCAAGUGUUCCAACUGACCCGGAACUUCUGGUUUCUAUAAUGAUGGAUGUGGAUAGAUGGGCUUCGUCCUUUUCCCACAUUGUCUCUCGUGAAUCCGUCCAUGAUCCACCUGAUGUGUUGCUAAAACUGACAAAGUAUGAGGAAGCAAUCAAAUCCAUACUGCUGGUGGACGCGGAGUUCCAGUUACCAACUCCACUGGUUCAAUCAAGAAAAUUCUGUCUCUUCAGAUGUCUCAGGAAGAUCCUACCUGAUGUAUGGGCCAUUGUUGACAUAUCAAGAGAUUAUUUCCCAGGUGCAGUUGUUUCUGGAUUGGAAAACAUAUUCCGGAAGAGGCCAUCAGGACUAUUAGUCAGGAGGAAUGGAAACUAUUCACAGGUUAUUUGGAUUGAGAAUGUGGAAAUUCCUGAAGUUCAGUCAAAAGAUGGCAUCUACCUUGGGUUGAUCAAUUCAAAUUUAGCAUUCUCUGCAAAGCGCUGGGUUGAUGCAUUGAUAUGGAAAAUAAAACGAGAUUUUAGCAGCUUCUCUCAAGUGAAGAUGAAAGUGAACCAAAGAGCUGCCACUCACCUGCUGAAUUUAACUGAAACCAUGAGGAAGGUUUACUUAGACAUUGUCAGUGAAACCCCUGAUGAAGAAAAAUGGGUUACUUUGUCCAACAAGGAUGUAAGAAUUUUGAGGAACUCCGAUGAUCAUGCUGACUCGGGCGUAAAGAAUUACAUAGCUGUGACGAGCUUUCGGCUUCAGACAAAACCCAUCUCACUUACUGAUUUUCUGGUAAAGAAGAAUAUGGAUAUACAGUGGCCUACAUUACUAAACGUGGAGGAGCCAGAAGAAGUGAUCAGGUUUUCCUCGGAGAGUAACUGCAUUACUCUACAUAAGAAAGUAGUUUUCCUAGCCGAGACCACACAGGAUCUUGAAUAUCUGUUACAAGAGAAUUCAAUGGAUGGAUUUUGUUUCUUCGUUACUUCAACACCAAUUAGCAAAAUAGAUGUCGACAUUGCUCUCUUGGUCGGUAGUUCGGGACUUGUUCCGGUGCAGCCUUCAGGAUUUGCAAUAAUGCCUGAUGGUUUCCAUUCUAAUGCUUCCUUAGUGACAGUUGCCAUCCAACAACAACUUAACGUUCUGGACACUGAUCAAGCAAUUCUUAUAAUGUGUGAUCUUGUUAACACCAUCGUUAAAGAGAUAUCUGAAGAAGCUAGCAAAUUAAGCAACACACCAAGCUGAACUUUGUUCUUUGACUGAUUUGAGAAAAUGAAGACGGUUCUUGUACAUUCCAAGCUGCUUUCUAUAUCCACAUGACUCGAAAGUUGAAACUCGUCCUUUUUCUGCAGCAUAUGAUGUCAAUACAGUAGUCAUUCUUGGUAUAUAAAAUACAGGUGGAUAGUGAAGCUGCAUUUGACUUCUGUAGGUGUCAAACACUCAAACUUGCUUUCAGAUAUAUAGCAGAUAUGUACGGGUAAUAAGAAAGAAGCAGCUUUUGAACUGAUAUCCUGUGAUUCCAUGAUAUUUUUUUAUUUUUGAAACCUGAAUCCA